UUAUGUGCGUAACGCACAGUCCCAAAAGGAAAAUAAAGAGAGAGUGAAAGGGUGUGGGCACGUCGGUAUACACUGCAGGAAAAGCCUUUCUCCUUCUCCAUAUAAUAGCAAUCUUGAAAAGAAAAGCUUCCUGCUGUUCAUCAAGAGGAGGAGGAGGAGGAGGAGGCAAGGAGGGAAAACCAGAGGAGGGAAAGCUUCAGCUGUAACCCAACAAUAAAUACUCAGUAGUCUGUUAAGGGGAGAAAAUACUCUGUUUUAUCUCAUAUCUAGCCGGCCGAGAGCAAAUAGCAAUGGCAGUGUACACGCCUAUUAAAGGGCAAGAGGAAGACAAUGGAGAUAGAAACAAGUCCCUGAAAAGUAACGAUGAAGGUGGUCAUGUGGAUGAUGAUGAAGCUGUGGAUGAAAACAAAUCUUUCAUCCUCCCUACUCAUUCAAGGCAGCAAGAUGAUGUACAACGACAGAAACAACAACGUCUUGUUUCUCUUGAUGUUUUUCGUGGUCUCACUGUUGCGCUAAUGAUACUUGUGGAUGAUGCUGGUGGAGUUCUGCCUGCUAUUAAUCAUUCACCAUGGAAUGGUUUAACACUUGCAGAUGUUGUCAUGCCAUUUUUCCUAUUCAUUGUCGGUGUUUCGCUUGGACUCACAUACAAGAAAUUGUCAUGCAAAGCUGUUGCAACUAGAAAAGCGAUACUCCGGACACUCAAACUUCUAAUUAUAGGUCUUUUUCUUCAAGGUGGCUUUUUACAUGGUCUGAAUGAUCUAACUUAUGGGGUUGAUAUGACACAGAUAAGAUGGAUGGGUAUCUUGCAGAGAAUAGCAAUAGGAUAUUUAGUAGGGGCAAUGUGUGAGAUUUGGCUAAAAGGUGGUAAUCAUGUUACUUCCGGAUUAUCCAUGCUGAGGAAAUAUCAGUUUCAAUGGGCUGCAGUUUUGAUGUUUGUUACUAUAUAUCUUUCCUUGUUAUAUGGCUUGCAUGUUCCUGACUGGGAGUAUCAGAUUCCAGUUGCUGCCUCUGCUUCCACCCCUAAGAUAUUUCCAGUGAAAUGUGGGGUAAGGGGCCACACAGGACCUGCGUGUAAUGCUGGUGGAAUGAUUGACCGUACAAUCUUGGGAAUUCAACACCUGUAUAGAAAGCCUAUUUAUGCACGAACUAAGCCAUGUAGUAUCAAUUCCCCUGGUUAUGGCCCGCUACCUCCAGAUGCUCCUUCAUGGUGUCAGGCUCCUUUUGAUCCUGAAGGACUCCUGAGUUCAGUAAUGGCCAUCGUCACCUGCCUGGUUGGUUUGCACUACGGGCACAUCAUUGUCCAUUUCAAGGAACACAAGGAUAGAACCCUUCACUGGAUGGUCCCAUCCACUUGUUUUCUAGUCUUGGGUCUGGUCUUGGAUUUGCUUGGAAUGCAUGUUAACAAGGCUCUUUACACAUUCAGUUACAUGUGUGUCACUGCUGGUGCUGCCGGCAUUGUAUUUACUGGAAUCUACUUACUGGUUGAUGUGUGUGGAUUCAGGUGGCCGAUGUUGGUACUAGAGUGGAUGGGAAUGCAUGCUUUGUUGAUUUUUACCCUUGCAACCAGCAAUAUCUUGCCGGUGGUCCUGCAGGGAUUUUAUUGGAAGCAGCCUGGAAACAACAUUCUUAGGUUUAUUGGAAUUGGAAGAUGAAAGGACAGCAGACUAGAUGGUUUACAUCUUGACCACACUAGUUUACUUUCCAGUGCAUUCUCCUGGAAAACCUACUACAUUGUUCAUCUCCAGUUGUUGUAAAAAAAUGAUAAGCAGAAACAUGUUCCUCCAUCUCCCCCCUCGUAUUUUAGGAGCUUUUUUAGUGAUCCUUUCAGUUUUUUUUUUGUCUUGUGACAAUUCUGAUACGCAGCCUUGUAUAAUGGGAGCUUUGAGAUCAUAAAUUCGUUUUCAUAUUUACGAGACAGUCAAUAUUAUUAACUGAA